CAGUAGAGAUAAUGUCCUUAACAACCGAUUUGUCCAGACCUGAAUUAGUAAAUUCAGAUGGUAGUAUUCAAAUUCGCGUGGGUGAAAAUGAGUAUAUGCAUAUUUUUGGCAUUACUAUGCUUCAAUUUAAUUGAAUGUAUACGUGCGGACGGUGAAAAUAAAUGCAGGGUUGAUACAAAUAUCGAAACGCGAAGCACUAGUAUUUAUUGUUACUACAUGAAAUUGGAUGAUAAAGAAGUUCCACUCGACUCAGCAAUUCAGCCAAGUGAUUAUGUAUCUCUACAUUUGAUAGAUUGCAACGGAUCUAUUACCGAAAAUUCUUUCAGCAAUUUGAAAGAAGUGUCAUCUAUUAGUAUAUCUGCGACAUUGGAUAAAUUCGUAUUGCCGGAUUUACCUAAAUUGAACUACAUUCAAAUCGAUAAACUACAAACGCCUACUUUGAAAGGAGCCUUUAGAAAUGUUGAAGAUACAUUGACUUCAAUUAAAUUCGACAAUAAUCCGUUUCUAUUAAAUAAGGAAGAUUUAGAAGGAUUGAGUAAUCUUGAGAGCUUAUCAUUAGUGAACCAAAACGUGACAGACUUAGGAUUUCUAAAGGAUAAGAAAAAACUCAACGAAUUGAUAAUCAUUCAAUCGAAUAUCAAAACUAUUCCAAAAGACACUUUCAAAAAUAAUCGAGAGAAUGUGGAUAGAAGUCAACCUCCACGGAGAAGAAUCUGUCCGGUGAAUUCACUAAUGAACAUAGAGUCUUUGGGUGUCCAUAGAUUUGCCUGUUUCAACUUUUUGAUAUUUCAUCCUAAGACAUAUAAAAAUUUUUUUCUGGUAGUUUCUGGUUUAUCCUCGAUGUCCCCUGAUGAAUUAACUUCCAUAGAAUUUUCAAACGUACCUUUACAAGUAAUAGAAGAUGGACCAUUUGAUGAUUUGCAAAAUUUGAAAAUGUUAUUAAUGACUACGACCGAUUUAACAACCUUUGAUGCGGAUUUAACUAAAAAUUUGAAAAACCUUCAAGGUUUAGGUAUACCAGCUCGAUCAGUGAAAACUUUAGAUGUCGGAAAACUUCUCGAAAAUUGUCCGAAUCUUGGUGCUUUUUAUUUCACGACAGGUGACAUGAAGUGUUCAGAAACACAACAUCUGCAGGACAAAAUUAGCAAACAUAAACGUCUGAUAGGAGUGGCGUAUGCAGGUGGAUCAGGAGAUUACUUCAAAACUUGUUAAAUAGAAAAAAGAAAUUUAUACAGUUCUAUAUUGUGGUUAAUAAAAUUUUCUCUUCGA